UCAACUAAUUACAGUAUUGCCGAUUUUUAUCAACAUUUUCCUGUAUUAACCGCUAGAAUCAACGUUACUUCGAAGCAACAAGCAACAAUAUACCUAAUGAAACAGCUGACAUAACAGCGUUCAUUCAUUAUUCAUGGUAGUUACACACACCAUGAUUAGUUAACUAUUACAAAGUAGGGUUAAUUUUUUGUUUUCGGUGCAAAGUGAUAUGUUUUUGGGUAGUUUAUCUCGAAUAUAGACUGUGAUAAUGAGUUCUACCUCUUCGGCCCCUUUGACCGAAAAAUAUUCAUAUACUUUAGUGAGGAAUGGAGAACUUGACCAUGGAAUUCGUACAAGAUCAGGUAGAAUGGGGGAGAAAUUGGACAAAUUUCUCCUCCUCAUGUGGAAGAAUUGGCUCCUCCAGUACAGAAAACCGAUUCAGACCUUGGUAGAAAUCAUAGCACCAGUAUUAUUUUCCUUACUGCUAGUAGUGAUAAGAAGUCUCGCUGAUCCUGAAUUACACGAGCCCAUAGUUUACCCACCGUUUUGCACCAUUCCUAUGGGAUUAAAGGAUCCAACAUCGGGAACGGUUUUUUGUCCCGCAUAUUCUACAUUACCUUUUUUAGAUAGCGGAAUGAAUGGGAGUAAGGAGGACUUUGGUAUUGCCAAUCCUUUAGAGAAAUUUUCUUUAGUGUAUUCUCCCUCGACACCAGUAUUCGAUGAAGUCAUGAAUUAUUUUCGAAUAGCUUUCAAAAAUCUCAUUCCACUGAACAAUUCACACGAACUGGAGAAUUUUUUCUUGACCAAUUACAGUAAUUACACUUUUGCGGGCAUCCAAUUCAAUGAUGCAUAUAGGAACGUUAAACACUUGAAUGAUAUUAAACACUUAGAUGUAUCUAUAAGGUUUCCAGGAGAGACAAGGCUUAAAUUAGAUCCUUUUAAUAUAAAUAAUUGGAGGACCAAUCUCAUUUUUCCGAUAUUCCAAAUGCCCGGACCUAGGUUGUACAAUUUUACAACUGGAGCAGCACCAAGUUACUACAAAGAAGGUUUUUUGGGUAUCCAAUAUUACCUCACACUUAGUAUGCUUCUAGCAAAAAAUAAUGUAACCUACGUCAAAGACGACUACAUAGAUGUGAUAAGUUGGUUAAUAGAAAAUGAAUUUCCCUUAGUGAAUAUGCGUAGGUUUCCAUAUCCGGAAUGGUAUGAAGAUAUAUUAUUGACAGCAUUAAAAUCUAUGUUAGGAAUUAUCAUAAUGUUGAGUUUCGUUUAUACAUGUAUAAAUACAGUAAAAACUAUUACUACCGAAAAAGAGAAGCAACUAAAAGAAGCCAUGAAAAUCAUGGGUCUGCCAAAUUGGCUCCAUUGGCUAGCUUGGUUUGUAAAAUGUUUCAUCUUUUUGCUAAUCUCUUCGGUUCUUAUGGUGAUCCUUUUGAAAGUGAGAUGGUACACCAAUACUAACUACACCGUAUUCACUCAUGCCAGUCCGUUUGUUCUGUUACUAUUUUUGAUGUUCUACAAUUGUGCUACCAUCACGUUUUGUUUUGCCUUGAGCGUGUUCUUUAAUAAAGCAAAUACAGCUGCCACCAUAGCCGGCAUGGCUUGGUUUUUGUCAUAUGCCCCUUACCUCUUCAUGCAAGAAAUAUACGACACCUUAACGCUGUCUUCGAAAUUAUUUGCUAGUUUGGGAUCGAAUACCGCCAUGGCGUUUGGAUUUCAAGUCAUUUUAAUGUACGAAGGAACUGGAGAAGGUAUUCAAUGGAGCAAUAUCUUCACACCAAAUACUCCAGAUGAUACUCUGACUUUAGGUUACGUGCUGAUAAUGUUGACGAUAGAUUCAGUUUUGUAUCUUUUGAUAGCGCUGUACGUCGAAGCUGUGUUCCCGGGAGAGUACGGUGUACCACAACCAUGGUACUUCAUUUUUACUCCUUCAUUUUGGUGUGGACAACCUAGGUAUAAAGGCGUUGAAGAUUUUCAAGAUGCCGCCCUUCUAUCAGAAUUUUUUGAAAAAGAACCGGAACAUUUAAAUCCCGGUAUCCAAAUACGAAAUCUGAAAAAAUCCUUCAAAACCAAAGUAGCCGUUAGAAAUCUAUCCAUUAAUAUGUACGAAGACCAAAUAACGGUUCUGUUGGGUCACAAUGGUGCCGGAAAAACCACGACAAUGUCAAUGUUGACAGGAAUGAUAACUCCGACUGCGGGUACAGCGAAGAUUAGCGGUUACGAUAUAAGAGUCCAUAUGGCGGGCGUGAGGAAAAGCUUGGGAUUGUGUCCGCAACAUAACAUCAUUUUCGAUGAGCUCACCGUGUCAGAACACAUAUACUUCUUCAGUAAACUUAAAGGGCUGUCGAGCAGGGAAAUAAGUAAAGAGAUUGAUAAGUACGUUGAGCUUUUAGAAUUAGAACCGAAGAGAAACGCCAAAUCGUCCACACUAUCUGGUGGAAUGAAACGCAAGCUCUGCGUCGGUAUAGCGUUGUGUGGUAACUCAAAAGUCGUGAUGCUGGACGAACCAACGGCUGGUAUGGAUCCAGCGGCGCGAAGAGCUCUUUGGAAUCUCCUUCAAUCCCAAAAAGACGGCCGCACUAUGCUGCUGACCACCCAUUUCAUGGACGAGGCUGAUCUUCUCGGCGACCGUAUAGCCAUCAUGGCGGGUGGAGAGCUGCAGUGUUGCGGAUCCAGCUUUUUUUUGAAAAAGAAAUAUGGCGCUGGAUACAGUUUGAUCAUGGAUAAAGCUCAUGAUUGUGAUCCAAAUCGGGUAACACAAUUGUUGAGGCGGUUUAUUCCAGAUAUUGAAAUAUAUGGUAACGUUGGUUCAGAAUUGACGUAUCUACUAGUAGAAGACCAAGUAAGCGUCUUCGAACCAAUGCUCAGGCAGCUAGAAACAGACUCUGAGCGUUUGGGAAUAAGGAGUUAUGGAAUAUCGUUAACAACUUUGGAAGAAGUGUUCAUGAAAGUUGGAGCAGAUCAUGGCCAAGAGGAAUUCUACAAUAUAGAAAAUAUUACUACUAUUCCAAAUGGUACUAUACAAAACGGACAUGCUCCUGGGGUAAAUGGUGUUAAUGGUCAUGCUAAUACAAACGUCAAUGUUCCAAUGGCACCGACCUAUACCGGUGGUUUCAAUCUCUUUGCCAAUCAAGUCUUAGCGAUGUUGAUGAAAAAAUGCGUAUCAACAUACCGCUCUUGGAUACUACUCGUAAUUCAAAUAGCCAUGCCUACUCUUUUUCUGAUAAUUGCCUUUGUGGUGCAUAGAAGUCACAAGUACACUGGAAAUUUACCUGCCAUGCCGUUAACUUUACGUAAGUUUGAAAACCCCGUGACUUUAAUGGAGAAAACUGAUUCCGAUUACGCUUCAUACUACAACAAGGUGUUGAAAGAUUAUGGAUAUUCUGUUACGACGGUUGAUAAUAUGACGCAAACUAUGCUGGACGUGACCGCCGAACAUCCAAUACUUGUAAGAAGAAGAUAUCUAGCUGGAGCGUCAUUCGAAGUCUCGAACGUCUCAAUACUGCCAUACCCUCUACCAAAUUUGACAGCUUGGUUCAAUAAUGACCCCUAUCACACACCCGGCAUAUCUUUGGCCCUGGUACUCAACAGUAUCUACCGCAAGAUCGGAGGCUGUGAUGAUUGCACCAUAGAAUUCACCAACAGACCUCUGACCUACAGUCCAGAUACCCAAGUCAAUCAACUCUUGAACGGUCAGAAUACUGGUUUUCAACUUGCUUUUAAUAUCGGUUUUAGUAUGUCCUUCGUGGCUUCUUUUUACGUACUGUUCGUCAUCAGAGAGAAUUACUGCAAGUCCAAGCACCUCCAGUUCGUAUCUGGCGUUAAGGUUUAUAUAUUUUGGUUGACGUCGGCUUUCUGUGAUAUGAUAACGUACUUAAUGACUAUUUGCGUGCUGAUGAUAACCAUGGUGUUGUUCCAAGAGAACGGAUUUAAGACAUCAGCUGAUAUUGGUAGAAUGUUUUUCAUUCUAUUUUACUUCGGUUGGGCAUUUCUCCCGCUGUUUUAUCUGGCAUCCUACUCGUUUGAAGUGCCUUCUACGGGUUAUACUAGGAUGACGCUAAUAAGUAUUUUUGGAGGGUGCGCCGCUUUUCUAGUCGUACAAGUAUUAACGAGUCCAGGAUUAGACUUGGAAUACGUGGGUGACGCUUUGCAUUGGUUGUUCCUGAUAUUCCCUCACUACUCAUUGGCUAGCGGUAUUAAUGAAAGUUACAAAGUGUAUUCAUAUAACUUGAUUUGCAACACCAUCAUUUCGACGUGCGCCGAUCAACAUAUUUCGAAAGAAAGGUGUUUGGCUGCUUUGAACAAACGAAUUCGUGACAUUUGUAUGGAUGCAGAUCUAAACUACUAUAAAUGGAAAGCUCCCGGUAUAGGCAGGAAUCUCUUGUACUCCUUCCUAACUGGUUGCUUCCUCUUCACUCUGUUGCUUCUCAUCGAGUACAAGGUCUUCUCAAAAAUCACCUACUUCUAUACUCAAAAAUUCUUCGGCAAAAAACCGCGAUCCGUGCCCAACGAAGACUCUGACGUGACGGACGAGAAACAGAGGAUUCACAUGGCCGCCGAGUCGGAUAUCCAGAUGAAUUACACGUUGGCCAUUCGAGAUUUGACCAAGUAUUACAAGAAUUUUUUGGCUGUGAAUGGUUUGUGUCUUGGAGUUAGAAAAUAUGAAUGUUUCGGUUUAUUGGGCGUCAAUGGAGCCGGAAAAACGACUACGUUCAAGAUGAUGACUGGAGAUGAGAGUAUUUCGCAUGGAGAUGGAUGGGUAAACGGAAAAAGUAUAAAACACGAAUUAAAAGAAGUUCAAAAAAUCAUCGGUUACUGUCCCCAAUUUGACGCUCUUCUAGAUGACAUGACGGCGAAAGAGUCCAUCGUAAUGUUCUCAUUAUUGCGAGGCAUAGAACUAAAGGACACGUCGAAAAUAGCCGAAUACUUAUCUAGAGAGUUCGAUUUUCAUCGGCAUAUGAACAAAAAAGUUAAGGAAUUAAGCGGAGGAAAUAAAAGAAAAUUAAGCACGGCGAUUUCUCUAAUUGGGGGACCCUCCAUUGUUGUACUUAGAAGAACCGACGACAGGCAGGACCCAGCAACAAAACGCUAUCUCUGGAACGCCCUGUGCAAAAUUCGCGACAGAGGUAAAUGUAUAGUUCUCACAUCCCAUAGCAUGGAGGAAUGCGAAGCACUGUGCACGAGACUGGCCAUCAUGGUUAACGGUACGUUCAAAUGCCUCGGCUCCACGCAACACUUGAAAAACAAAUUCGCCGAAGGCUACACGUUGACUAUAAAGCUGAAAAAAGACUCCGAAAGCGAAGCUGAAACGGGGCCUAUAGAGAAAUUUAUAAGGGAACACUUUCCUGGUGCCCAAUUGAGAGAGAAGCACCAGGAGUUGUUGAAUUAUUAUAUAACUGAAAAGUCUGUACCUUGGUCUAAGAUGUUCGGGAUUUUGGAGCAAGCCAAACAUAGCGAUCUCAAUAUAGAAGAUUAUUCUUUAGGUCAAUGUAGUUUAGAACAGGUGUUCCUGACAUUUACGAAACACGCCACGUGAAGUAAUUUCCAAUGACAAAAGAACUAUCUUUCGUGCCUUUUUUCUGUGUUAUUUUUCUAAUUGUGAUAUAUAGAAGUAUAUUUUUGUCUUGUACUUUUUCGUUUAGUUUCUAUUUAUUAAGAAGAAUAUACUUUGACAACCUAUUUAUUAAUUUCUAAUGAUCUUAUUAUAAGUAUUUACUGGAACAGAAAGGUUUUAUUUUUGAUAGAUGUGAUAGAUCGGUGCUUGCUAGAAUGUUUUUCUUAUUAUUUACAAAUAAAAUUAAACUACGUCUUUAUAGUUUUUCUUUCCUGAAAUAUGGAGUCAAAUGUUAGCAAUCGCCGUAUGAAACGCCGCUGGGAUAUCAUCUAGCGCUAUGACUCAUUAGGCGACAAGUUUAAAUCAUCAGAAAAUAAAUAAAAGUUGCUUAAAAAAUGCUAGUAAAAUAAAUGUUAUGUCAAUUCUAAUUUAUAACGUAUAUAUAUAAACUCCGAAAAUGCCUGUUGAUGGACUUAACGCAAAUCUAGGAAUUUUUUAGAUACGCCCCUUUGUCAUGUUAGCGACGUAUUGUGCG